AUGUUCUCAUCAAACUCAGAAUCAGAAGCUAUACCUCCAACUUCUCCAAAGACUCCACGAAGUCCAACCAGUCCUCGGGCACAAUUAGUACAACAGCAAAUGAUAGAAUCACCACCAUCACUACGACAACAACAACAACAACCUCAAGAUACGAGUGUUCCACUCACUCCCGUAUCAUCAUCAUCACCAGUCGUAAACAAUGCAAACAACAAUACAACAACAACAACAACCCCACCACAACCAUCCUCUUCAUCUCCUAAAACAACAAGUACUACUUUAGAUGAGAAGAAGCAUCCACAAGUAAGUCCAAUGAAGGAAUUGGAGCAUACCCGUAAUGAUGAUGAUCAUCAUCAUCCAUUUGUUGAGAAUCAUAAAAUCAAUGGAGGAGGAACGGAAGGAAGAAAUUUAAACGCUACGGAAUCUUGUGAUGAAGCUGCUACAGAGCCUUUGAAACAGGACUCGAAUGAUCAUCAUUUGGUUCAUUCAGAAAUGAUUAAUUCUUCUUCUGUAGAGAAGGAUGUAGCCAUGAACAACACCAAUAACACAUUCAGUAGCAGCAAUAACGACAACAAGAUAACUCCUCAGCCUGAAUCUACGACGGAGCCUUCUUCAUCAUCAUCAUUGGAAUCUCAUCAUCAAGGAGAUAAUACUAGCUCUUCUUCUGUAUCAACAACAACAACAACAGCAACUACAACAACAUCGACUUCAACCAAUGAUGCUGUUUCUGUCGUUACAGCUGUACCACAAGGCCUGCAACAACAAGAACAAGAUUCAUCCAAUCCACAACAAAAACCCAAAGUUACCGUUCUUGCGUAUACAGGUCCAAUGACCUCACUCCCACCUCCACCUGCCACACCUCCUCCACCAUUGACUGAAGAGGAGAAGAAACGUCAUCAAAAGUUCUUGGGAGUGGUCGCUACGGUUUUGAAUGAUGUGAACUCGCAACAAGCACAACAACAACAAACACAACAGUCCUCAUCUUCCUCAUCACCAACAGCAGCAAGUGCUUCUUCUUCUCAGCAGCAACAACAGUCUCAACCAUUUCCAGCAUCUUCAUCUCAUCAAAAAACUGAAAAGACUCCAAUUCCAAUUAAUAUGCAAGCAAUGGAUCCCUUUUCAAUUGAAGAAAUUGAUCAAACUCAAUGGACUGUGCUCUAUAAUACCAACACUUUGAAUAACACACAUUCAAAGCGUAUUCUUAUGAGAUCUUCAAGUAUUCGAUUGCAACAACAAUCACAAAGAUUUAACUCUUCAAUUCUUGCUGCAUCUUCAAAUAAUACCAAUCAUGUUAGUUCAGGUGCUUUAUUGGAACAAUUGGCAUCGGCUUCACCAACACGUGCUCCCUCUUCUGAACAUCAUCACAAUGAAAACAAAGGUCUUCUUGUGAAAAACUUUUUCAGAUUCCUCUCUGUUGGAGGAGAAUACUUGCAAAAGUUUAAAUCCAAAAAAUCAAAUUCUGAUGUCGAAGAAGUUGUCUAUUUCAAAUAUCCUCAUGUGAGACAUUGUUUACAAGUAUUUUACAAACCAUUCAAAAUUUUACGUUAUGAAGCUGUUCCAUACAGAGCAACUCCUUUCAAGCCUCAAUUUGCAGUGUUGACUCCUGCCAAUAGUGAUGCUCCUCAAUCUGUGACAUCUCCAAAUGUCACACCUGAGAACCCUCCUCCACAAUCUUCAUCUAAUCACAAUGAUCAAAAAAAGAAGAAAAACUCAAAGGAUAAGAACGAAAAGGAGGAAAAGAAAGAGGAGGAUAAUGUAGUUGUGGACGAAGAUGAAAUUUUGCCAUCCUUUGCAAAAAUUCUCGAUAUUGAAAAGGCACAGGCUGAGAAGGCAACAGACGUUCAAGCACCAACUGAACCUGAGGAAUUGUAUAAGGUCACUGAUCAAAUGGGAGAUUUCACAGAAGCAGGUCUCUCAAAGAAAUUGAAAAAUGCUCUUAUUGGUCAAGGCAAGAGAAAAUCAAUAUUUGGUGGCAAGACAGAGAAACCUAAAAAAGAAGAGAAGGAAGCAAAAGAGAGCAAAGAGUCCAACAAGGAAGGAAAGGAAGGCAAGGAAGGCGCACCGGCCGAAGGAGGAACACCUCAAUUACUUAGUUCAUUACAGACCAAUCAAAGCUUAACUGAAAAGGAAAUGAAGUUAGCUCUUUUACAGCAAAAAGGACAAGGAGAAAAGAAGGCUGUGGACGCCUUCGACGAAAUUGAUAUUUCUAAAUCCUUGAAAAAGAGCUUGGUUGAGAAGGCAAAAGAAUUGUGUGCGAAACGACCACUUGAGCUUCUCAACGAAAUUACUGCUGAAAUUCAAAGGUCUGAAAGUACUGUGAACGAUUCAAAGAAGCACCAAAGCGAAUCCUUCUUACAUGUUGUUCAACUCAAUGAAGAGAAUAUCAACAAGGAUAAUAGAAGAUUAAUGGGAGUUUUACAACCAAAGUAUGAGUACAAACCUCUUCACACUACUUUGUGUCAAAGAAUUCCAGAAAUUGAAUAUCCUGUCAAGAAAAAGUUUAGAUUCCUCUUGUCUUGCAACGAAUUCCAAUUUAUGGAAAAGUUUGACGUCAUGAAAGAAUUGUUCACAUUCUCUGUUGCAAUUUAUGACACCAAGUACUCCAAGAAGAUUAGUGAGGAUUAUUGGUUCCAUCUAUUUUCUGAAGAACAAUUGCAACAGUUGGCGCCAUCAAUCCGUGAAUCCAUUCAAAAGAAAUCGAAUGGCAUUGUUGCCAACUCUGACAAGAGACUAUUCUCAAUUUCUUCACCAAACGAAGAAAUGUAUUUGGUACUGUAUGUUCACCGCGUACCAACUUGUUCCAUUAAGGACACGCUCAAACAUCACAAGAAGAAUGACUUUUCUUCAGAGAUUGAGGCCAGAAAGAACAAACUUUCUCAUUUCAGACAUGCAGCAUUUGUUAGCUUUGUUCCUCUUUUCAAAGGUGAGAAGAAGCUUGAACUUAAUCCAUCGAUGCAUUUCGAUCAGUUCUAUGUGGUCGAAGGCGAUUACAAGACCCCAUUUAAUGUCUAUGCUGCCAUUAAACAAAAGAUCAAAUUGCAAGCCGUCUCUGCCUCAAUGAAAGUACACACCGAGUUGGUGAGUGACUUGCAGAGAUAUGUCAAGAAUAAGAUUGAGGACAAUACCGAUACAACUCCAACAGGACAGCUUGCCUCCAUCAAAUCCGAUGAGGAUAGUGUGAAUAAUACGGAAGAACAAUCCUUGUCACUUCAACCAACCAAUCCCUUCUUAAACGGUAACAAUAUUGAUGAGAAUGGAGAUCCCGUGUUCAGUGCAAUUGAUGAUGAGGACGAGUUCUCUGAUGAUCCACCAAGAUUAAUGUCUGAAGAUUAUGGUAAAACCAUGUUCGACGAGCAAUUGAAAAUUUUGGAAUCGGAAGCCAUCAACGAAAUUCCAUGGAGCAAGGCCCGUCAUCCACACAUGACCUUGUUUAAUACCAUGUAUAUUUAUCCUAUGGGUGCAAAGCUAGAGAAAACUAAGGCUAAGAAUGUUGUUGUGGAAGUCGUAUUUAGAGAAAACGAUGCCGUAAUACCAACACAAGAGGAAAUUCAAAAAUGUCAUCCUGUCGUUAUUAACAGAUUCACAUCUGAAAAAAGGAGAUCAGAUUUUACAGCUCUUGAACAUGAUACUACUACUCCUCAAUUCCUUGAUGAAAUCAAAAUUGAUGUUCCAGCUGUCACCAAGAAGGGCAACCAUUUACUCUUCAUUUUCUAUCAUGUUGACAUUGAAAAGAAGUCUUCCAAACUCGUUUAUGAACCUGUUGGAACCAGAGAAGAAGAGUUUGGAAAAUGUGAGCGCUCAGUGUUGGGUUAUUCAUUCCUUGAAUUGACUGAAAAGAAUAAGCUUUACGAAGAGGAUAAGGCUCAACGUAAUUGUUCCUACGAACUCACAUACUCGGAUGUUCAGAGACACAUUUUCGUUGGUGAACUCAGGGUGUAUAAGGCAUUGCAACCAGAAUAUCUUUCCAAGUCCAAGACGAAGGGCAUUUUGGACAAGAUUAGUGACGCAAGAUUCAAACUUUCUGCUCAACUUGUUUCUAGUGUUAAUCCUCAAGACGAAGUACUUCAAUUAUUCUUUGCCAGUAUUCAUGACUUGUAUAGUCCUGAAAAAGAAAAUAAGGAACAAAUAUUGGAGUACAUUUGCCGUUACGUCUUGAUGAAAUUCUGUACCAUUGAAUUCUCUCUCUUCUUGCCUCAUCUUCCAAUUGUUAUGAACAUCUUGUUUGAAUUGAUGAGUAGUAUUUCAGAAUUGCCACUCCAAUCUGCCGACUUGAGAAAGGGCGCUGAACGAUUAUUGUUUGAGCAAGUACUUGUGUGUCUCAGAGGUGUUUAUCACUAUACCAAGAAUCACACACGUGGUAACAAGUUUAUGGCAUCGUACAUCAAAUAUAUUUUCGAUGAAAUGAACAGAGGAUAUCCAACAUAUUCAGUACUUACUCGUAUCUUUACAGAUUAUUUGGAAGAAUUGACCAAGAUUUUACAAGGCGAUCCAACCAAGCAUUACUUUGAAACCAACAACUUGUCAGAGCACGAUCCAUUCCGUUUCUCAUGGUUCUUGUUCGAUACUAUUAUUAAGAGUUUGACACUUUGCAUCAAGACAGACUCAUUGGAUUGUCUCACGAUUAGGGAUAGCUGGUAUUUGAACAAGUCUGACAAAUACAGCAGAAACGAUGAACAUCCACUCUCUCAAGAAUACUUUGUGAAUCGAGUGAAAGACUUGAUGACAUACUUUUGUACACGUACCAAGAAAUUGCUCUCCUCUUCUGGUCACGGUAGACAAAACAUUGGUUUGAAUGCUAACAGAAAUCUUGCUCUCUUCAUUAGAGAUUUAAUUCCAUUUGUUGACAGAGAUUAUUACAUUGGAAUUGUAAAGCACUAUAUGGAUUGCUUGUCCAUUGAAAAUUCAAAAGAUACAUCUGUUGAAGCAUUGUUGAGAUUGAAGUCUGAUUUCGUGGCGAUCAUGUGUGACUAUGAUUACUUUAUUCCACUCAACAAUUUGCAACUCCAGGAUGGAAACUUCUUAAUCCGACAUUUCUUUGAUGUCUUCUUUAGCACUGUUGAAACCAACAAUGAAAAGUUAAUGCUCAAAGUUGGAAAGUGUGUAUUGGAUUUAUUCUGCAAGAUUGAUUACGAUGCAAGAUAUCAAGACACAUCCAAGAGAGCUGCUAUUGCAGAGAUGUUCCUUUACUUUGUUGACAAGUACAUGGACAAGGAAGAAUAUCUCACUCUCUUCCACAAUGAUGAAAUGUACCUCGUCACAGCAUUUUGUAUCUUGUGGGUGUUGAGAAACUUGUCAGAACAACGACUCACUCAAUGGUGGAUACAAGCUCCAGUACACGUCAUGCUUAACUGUAUCAGCUUUUUGGAUUAUUGUGUCAUGUCUGUACAUACUCUUUCCUACUCAUCUUCCAUUCCAAGAGAAAAGAGAGGCAAUCAACGAUCCUUACGUAUGGAGACCAUCUUGACAGUCAAUUAUUUGAUCAGCAAGCUCACUGAAAAAUCUGUACUCACUGAGGUCUUUGAAAAAAUCAAAAAGAAGUAUGAUAUUGACCACUUGUUAAAGUUAGCAGAAAGUGAAUCUCAAGAAUUGAAGAACCUUCCAGAAGUUCAAAUUUUGUCCAAGCUCGAGAUUACUAGAAAUACCAAAACCAUUACACCUGUAGAGUCACUGAUUUUGCGUUCCAUCAGCAGAUUGAUCUUUAACAUUAUUUUCCAAUUGACCCUCAAAGAAGAGUACAAAGCUUGUAAGAUCAUCUUCCAGGAUUGUCUUCAUCCAUUGCUUUUCAACUUUAACCAUUUGUUUGUGUGUCAUGAAUUGUACGAUCAAACCAUUCCAAAGAAAGAGCGAGCACCCUAUGCUCAGAAACGUAAGGUUGAACAAAAGUGGAGAUGGCUUCUUGGUGUCUGUACAUUAUACUCUGAAGAACUCAUGUUUGAUAAGAAUGUCGGAGAUAUUAUCAACAUUUCUAAGGAAUGUGUUUCUCUCUUGCUGAAACCAUUCGCAUCGACACUCUCUCACGAAGAACUUGCACAAGAUUUACCUGAGGAACCUGAAGAUGUGAACAUUGAUGCCAAACGUUGCUCCAUUUCCUCGGCCACUUUUGCAAAACUCGUUGACAAAUUUGUUGGAUUGUGCACAUUGCCUGGUGACACGGAAGCUCGUGGAGUGUUCUAUGCCAUUUUCCUCAAUACCUUCUCUUCAUUCACAACUGCUCGUCAACUCAUGAAUCACUUGAUGGGUAUCUAUCGAAGAACUUUGAAUGUUGUGAAAGAGGCCACUCGUGCCAAAGAACAAGGAGAUCCAAACGCACCCGAAAUUACCAAAGAAAACGCUGUAUGUCUUUACAUUGAACAAGCCAUGAAUGAACUUGUCAAGGAAGCAUUCCAUGCUCUUGAUAAUGAAUCAUUGGCUCUCUAUAUGCAUCAUUAUGAAGAAAUUGUCCAAGGUAUCAAGUUUAGAUAUGAAAAACCUGGUGCUGUGAAAAAAGUUCACCCAACUCUCAAAAAGAUCAAAAAGACUCUUCUUCAAAACUUGUUAAGCUUUAAGAAGGAUGAAGGUUCUUCGACUUCCAAUGUUCACUCACGACACAAUACCACGACUGCCAUGAUUCCGCGAGGUAUUCCAGUUGAAAAACUCAAAGAACCUCAAAUUUCUCUCAAUCAAUGGCGGAUUAACAAGAAGGAAUAUAUUAGUAAGAAUAUUUUGAAUCCAUACAAUAUUCAAUUUGAUUUAUUGAGUUGGCCAGCAACUGAAAUUGCUCGACAAGAAACCAUUAUUGAUUUGAAGAUUUUCAAAAAGAUUGAAGCCAAUGAAUUCUACAACUCUGGAUGGAGUGAUCCCAAGUACAAGUAUGAACUUGCUCCUCAUAUUUCUGCUCUCACUGAUCGUGUCAACAAGAUUAGCUAUUGGGUACAAACUAAAAUUCUCACUGAAAACAAUGCGGACAUCAGAAAGGCACUCUUUAAAAAGUUUGUUGAAAUUGCCAAAGAAUCCUACGAGUUGAACAAUUACAGUGCAUUCUUUGCUAUUAUUUCAGGUCUUCAAUCCGUUCCAGUAUAUCGACUCAAAGAAACGAGAAAGGGUCUCUCUGAAAGUGACAACAAUAUUUUCAAGAUCUUUGAUGAACUUCAUGCCAACAAUCGAAGUAAGCUCAGAGAAAAUCUCAACAACACGAUCAUUAACAACAAUACUCCAAUCAUUCCAUUUAUUGGUAUUUUCCAAACAGAUUUGACCUUUACUUCGGAUGGUAAUCCUGAUGAAUUCAAUCAUCCCAAGACACCUCAAAAGAAAUUAAUUAAUUACCAAAAGAGAAGAAUUUAUUAUGCAACCAUUCAGAAAGUGAAGGAUUUACAAAAUUGUGCAAAUUUGUACCAUUUAGAACCCAUUCCAUACGUCCAAUAUGUUUUAAAGGAACAUAUUUUCGAAGGUAUUAUUACCAACGAUGAUGAGCUUCACAAGAAGUCUCUCAUGAUUGAACCAAGAAAACCAACCACCAACAACAACAAUUAA